AAUCUCUUGAAGAUGAUGAGCAUUUGUGAGUCAUUUUCUUGCCGCUUAAGUCUUGCUUCUUUACGUGUUUCAUGGGAUGACUGCCGUAUUUUGUGUAUUGUUGUUAUUGGCCAUAUCGUUUGUCUAGUGUUUACAUGGUUUUGUAAUGUACCCCAGCAAUGGAUUUAAAAGCUUGUUCUGACUGGCUGGCUGGCCAGCCGGUAUGUAUUCGCUGUGAAUUACAUGCUAAGAGGAAGAAGAGAUGCUUCAGCAUUCCUUAUCCAUUUGGAAUUGGAAAUCGAAGCUGUUUCAAAGAACCAUCUCAUGAACUGGUGUGCGAUGAAUCUUACGUUCCCCUGAUGCUCUUUCUAGGGGAGCAAGCUCUCACCGCUUCAUCCAGACAACAACACUUGAAAGUUAAUAUUCCGUCUCUGAUACCAGAAACAAAUUCACAGCUAUUGGUUGUGAUACGCAGGCCUUCAUGUCUGAUUUCUAGAGUAGGAUUUUUCAGAGUGGAUGCAUUUCCUUGUGCAGGAAUGUGUCCAACAUUGUUGAUGGAUCUUGUUCCGCAACCCACCACAACCACACAAGCAUGGGAUUUCAAUCCUUGUUGCUAUGCAUUUCUUGCUCAACAAGAUUGGUUUGACUUGACUGUAUCUCAUCUCUGGAACUUCACAAAUAAUACUGGUCUGAAUUUCAAGGGUUUUGCUUCUUCACCGGUUGUGCUGGAUUGGGUGGUUGGUCUAGAAACCUGUGAAGAGGCCAAGAAAAAUUCAACAGCUUAUUCUUGUGGAGAAAACAGCUUCUGCUCUGACUCGCCCAAUGGCCCAGGAUACAGAUGCCACUACAAUCAAGGCUAUCAAGGAAACCCUUAUCUUCCCCAGGGUUGUCAAGAACAGAUGAUGGUGCACAAGAUGGAAUUCGAUGCAUACCUUUGCAUAAAAGUUUUCCUGUUUUAGAGUCUAAUUUAGGAAUUGGUGUAGGACUACUGUUGCUCCUGAUAGGUAGUUCUUGGACAUGCUGGGGCUUAUGAAAGAGAAAGCUCAUCAAUCUUAAAGAAGAAUUUUUCAUACAAAAUGGUGGUUUGCUGUUAAAACAGCAGCUUUCAAUGCGUGAUCAAUCAGUGGAAACUACAAAGGUUUUCACAGCAGAAGACCUUCGAAAGGCAACCAAUAACUAUGAUGAGAGCUG